AAAGCACUUAGUCACGAAGACCGACUGAUACUUUUUGUACUUUCUCAUUGGCUCACGUUCAACUUAGCACACCACUUACCUUCUCACUCUCUCUCUCACAUUCAUAAUAAGAUCUUCCUUGCUUUCACUGCUUUCAAAAGCAAAUCUAAAGCUACUGCACUUGGUACACCCCCUUUUUUAUUCAUUCAUUUAUUUUAUCCCUAUCCUCCAUACCUCUUCUCCUUGUCCUUUUCACUGGAUCUAUCAAUCUCUGCUAGCUUUUCUCCUCUUUGAAUUGUGUGCAAAUUAACCUCCUAGCUGGGUCUUCUCUCUUUAAUUAUUUUGGUUCUCCUGAGAUUGUUGCUUCUCCUACAAGAUCUUAUCCCUCCCACCCAACCCAGCUUUGUUCUUAAGCUGAAACUUUUUUCUCAUAAAAAUUCUCAGAAUUUUCCUCUCUCUCUGGAUUAAAGUGACCAGUCUUUUUUGAAUAAUGAUUCCCAAUCUGGUCCUUUUAUUUGUUCCUCUUUUUAUCCUUUUACAGUGACAUCAGUGAUAUGAUAUAACUAAGCAUAUAUUAUAUACAUACACAUACAUAUAAUUACAUAUACACAACAAAAAUAGUAACAAUGGAUUCCAAUCAGAAUUAUCAACUACAACAACAGAAUCAAAGUUCUUCUGGGUUGCUUCGUUUUCGCUCUGCGCCGAGUUCAUUUCUUUCAAAUCUCACACCUUCUGUUAUCAACAACGAGAGAUUGCUCAACAGAUUUGCGAGUUACGGUGCAGCUGAUACCAAUAGCAUUAGCAUUAGCUGUAACGAUACCUCUGCAGCUUCGCCUAGCUUCCAAGAUUUCGAAGAGAACAAGCCUUUUUCUAAGGGCAUGAAUUCGCAGCAACAGGGUUAUGGUGGUGCUGGUGCUAGUGCUGGGUUACCCCCUCACUAUCCGAGGCAUGGUUCGAGUUCCGCCGCCAUGGAUGGAUAUCUUCUCAGGCAGGGUAGCUCCCCUGCUAGCCUUUUCUCCAACGGUUCCUUUCAAAAUGGGUUUGGCGCCAUGAAAUGUGUUGGAAACUAUGAUGCAGUGAAUGGCAAUAAUGGCCAAAUUAGUCCAUCUAUUGAUAGGUUGAAGAGUCAGAUUAGCUUCUCAUCAAGAAGUGCUUCUUCUUUGGGAAUGCUGUCACAGAUCUCUGAAAUAGAGGGUGAGGAGGACAUUGGGGCAACUAGCCCUGAUGAUGGGAGGCAGGGAGGUGGCAAUGGCCAUGGAUUCCCCUACACGUCUUGGAAUGAUACUCCACAACUCUCAGAGAAUUUCAUUGGCUUGAAAAGAGGGCGAAGUGGUAAUGAAAGGAUGUUUUCUGAACUUCAGAAUGGAGAGCUAGGAAGUCAGGUUCAUACGUUAACUCAUCACUUGAGUUUACCGAAAACUUCAGCAGAGAUGGCUGCUAUGGAUAAGUUGCUUCAGUUCCCUGAUUCUGUACCUUGUAAAAUCAGAGCAAAACGAGGCUGUGCUACUCAUCCUCGAAGCAUUGCCGAACGGGUGAGAAGAACUCGGAUCAGUGAACGAAUGAGAAAACUACAAGAGCUUGUUCCAAACAUGGACAAGCAAACUAACACAUCAGACAUGUUGGACUUGGCUGUUGAUUACAUUAAAGAUCUUCAGAAACAAUUCAAGACUCUAAGUGAAAAAAGGGCAAAGUGCAAAUGUGUGAGCACGCAAAAGGCAGAGACAAACCCAAUUGCUUGACAAAACUUUCUCUAAAGCAUGCAAAGAUGCAGAUGCCAAUGACCUGGUACUUAUGCAUUCGAGCUAAAAAAAAGUAGAAAGAAAGAGGCUAAUAUAUAAUGCUAUAAGCUAUCUUUAUUGAGUGUCACACCAAUUACUAGCUUGUAGGUUUUCGCCCCAAUAUAUAGGUUCUUUAGGCUAACGGAGUUUCAAUUACAUAAUCAAUAAAGCAUAUAGUAUAUUUGUAAUUUUGUAUAGCAAUGUUCUAAUAAAUGUUUCCCUUUUAAAGUAAUGUACCGUUUUUAUUCUUGUAGAAAUAUGAAAGUUUACAUUACAACAGUUUAGAAGAAAAGUUAUUUACUUCAA